UUUUCCAUAUAUCGCUUGAAUGUCCAUAUAUUCGAUAAGAGAUGGCAUGGCAUCCCUGUGUUCUCCGUUGGUUCCGAUGGCUUCGGUAGGACGAUAUUAAUGUGGGUGGACCUUGGCGCGUCUCCAACGGAUAUUUUUUUAGGGGGGCUGGAUGAUCGGACUAUUUACUACAGCUUUGUAGUACUUUUGCCAUAUAAACCAGCGUACAUUUUUUAAAAGCAAGCAUCAGAGAUAUUUUACCUCCUUUGUCAGUAUAUAAUGGCCGAGGACACAGCUAUAGAUGGACUGAGCACUGCAGCUGCGCAGGGAAAUCUGAUGAAAAUUGAACAGAUACUGCAAAGCAACGUGAACGUUAAUGAGAAGAACAAGUUCGGCAGGACACCAUUGCAGGUGAUGAAACUUGGCUGCCCGCGCAUAGCAGAGACGCUGCUUCUAGCAGGCGCAGACCCAAACGCGCGCGACCCCAUCCUAGGACUGACCGUCAGUCACGACGCCGCGCGAGACGGGUAUCUGGACACUCUACAGGUGCUCGUGCAGAAUGGUGCUGAUGUCAAUCUUCUUGACAACAAGGGCAACCUGCCUCUGCAUUUGGCGGCGCAAGAAGGAUGCCUGGAUGUCGUGCAGUAUCUCGUAUCUUACUGCAACACGCAGCCGUUUCUGCGGAACGCAAAAGGCCAAACGCCUCUUGACCUGGCGUCAUUGCACAAAAAAUAUCAAACUGUGGAGUGGUUAGAGAACAUUGCGCCUUCACAAUCCAGCUAGAGAUUAUGAUUAUGGGCCUGUGUGUUUUGUUGUGUAACAGAGGUAGCAGAUAAAUGCUGAAUGAGCGAUUUGUUGCAUUGCGGGAAAUUCAGCCAACUACCUCUUAUUGCGAUGUAAAAUAUUGGGCUCAGGGGCUUGACGUUUUGUGAAGAAUAAUUAACUUUUGACAUUGCAUGUAAUUCACAUGGCCCACAAUUUCAACUGGAUAAAUGGGUUUUGUUUUCAAUGAGAUAUUUUUCAGGUCAUAGCCUCCAUUUUAGAUUUGUAGAUCAUUUCUUUCACUAUAACUUUCAAGCGCAUACCUGUCAUAUGUCCUGUUUUAUAACAAGAAAAAAGUAUAAUCUAGAUUAAUUGAUGUGCUCAAAGAAAUCAAUCUCCUUGUAUUGAAGUAAUUGCACUAUAAUGGUCAAAAUUCACUUAACAACCCCUGACUGCUCUGAUUUUUGUUGUGUUUAGUUUUAUGACAUUAAAUUUGCACUUUUGCUUGUAAUUAAUGCCUUUUUAACUGUGAAAGAUAGUCUUUUGCCGCAUUUAAAAUAUUAAAACCUUGCAAAAUAACCAAAGACACCUGUUAAACGGUUUCAGUAUGUUUUCAUGACGUUUUGUUUAACUGGCCUCGUGUCACUGAAAUACGGGUAGGCCUAGAAAACAUUUAUGAGACUGUAUUAAAACAUGGAAUAUUUGAAACUGUUGUUUGAUGUUGUCGAAUGUUUAAAGCAGGCUAAAUAAAAACGCUGUGACGUUA